AUGGAGUCGAUGGAGUACGAGGAGGCGCGCAACAUGACGCUGCUUUUCUUUCUCGAGCGGCUGCUGGAUCGUGGCGAGCCGAGAACACUCCACGACCUGUCCUGUCAGUUUGGAGCACGUGGAUUCACCAAGGAAAUGCGUCAGAUCGCCGGUGGCAGUCAAUCAGGACUGAAAAAAUUUCUCGCCCAAUAUCCGGCACUGUUCGAGAUUAAUGGCGACUUUGUGCACAUCAACUCGUACCAAUCGAGUAGCCAGGACGAUUCGUCCGUAUCGGGCAAGCGGGAUUACAUCAAGGAGGCGAAAGAUUAUUUCAAACACAAACUGCUACAGUAUGGCAAAGGGACCGAAGUGCCGAUCCGUAGUCUGCUGGGCCAUCGGAGUCAAGCGUCGCCUCAGGUGCGCCACAUCUCCGGUCAACACAUACGCGAGUUCACGGAGUUCCUGUUGAAACAUCCCGACACCUUCCAGGUGAUUGACAACGAGAAUGUGGUGCUGGUAGGGUGCGAAGAUGAGGAGGAAGUACCAGCCUCGGAACGGUUGCAUCUGCCCAACUCGACAAUCGAUACGCAGGCCACCCAACAGUUGCUCGAUUCGUUCGCACAGGUGAUCGAGAUCAAGGGCCCGAUCCUGGUGGAUCAGCUGUUUCACAUGGUCACGAGCAAUUUCCCCCAGGAGCAGUGGUUCCACAUGUUCAAGAAUCCGAGCGAUCUGAAGACGUUUCUGAAGCUGUUUUCCGAUUGCUUUCACAUCCAGUCGAAUCUAGUCACGCUGCUGCAGAAACCCAAACUGUCAGAUGCGCACAUCCGCCAGGCGCAGGAUAAGCUAAACCUUUCGAACAGCACGUUCGGGAGCAGCAGCACACAUAGUAGUUAUAGCAUAGGUAACAUGACUGGCACGUCAGCUAGUAGUCCCCAGAACAGCUUACAAACGUUCGGUGGUAGCGGUAGCAUUGGGUUUGGUAGCGCGAACGGUAGCAGUAACACGAGUCGGACAGCUUCGCCCAAAAAUAUGAUCGGAGAUUUCAAGCUGAACGAACCAGUUUCCGUGGGGCUGGUCGGUGGUAAUGCCAGUGCGGCCAACAAUGUAGCUUCGCUGGCUGCAAACAGUAAGAGUGAACCCAACAGCGGGUUUGACAGUUUGCUCAUAACGAACGAUUUCAAGAUGGAAAGCUUAUGCCCACGGAACUGUCCAACGGUGACGAGCUAUGCAAAGCCUCCUUUGUUACCUCCGAAAGGUAAUACGAACGAUGCGGGUACGAACACACUGAUGUCCUCCGGUGUAAAUGUGUCCGAGUCACCGAAUAAUGGACGCAUCGGGGUGAACGAAAGGAUCGCCAAUCAUCAACAAACACAGCAACCGCCACAGCAGCAACCAUUGGCGGGUGUUCCGAAUCCGAAAAAUCAAACACUCAAACAGCGAAUCAACAGCCUCGUGAUCAAAACACUUGCCGAGAAUCUGGAGAAGGAUAAACACUCGAUGGGUGCGAUACAGACGACGACAGCACAGCAUAAUGCUGGUAGUGUUUCGACUGGUACUGGAAUGAGCACUGGAGGAAGCACGGCAGGAGGACAGUCAGGUGCCAUGUCACCAACACCACCGGCAAUGGGUGGCAAUCCGGUACAUUCGAACAACUACUUCAUCGGCGAUACGUGGAAGAUCAAGGUGCUGCAGAAUACGCGCGUUAUCUCAACCGUCAAGGAAUCGCUGUUCGUCACCAAUGCCAUCCUGAAGUCAGCCCUCGAAGAGCAGGCUAUCGUAUCGUUCGACUGUGAGGGUAUUAACCUAGGCGUCCGCGGACAAAUCACAAUGGUGCAGCUCGGCACGACGCGUGGCGAAGCGUUUAUAUUCGACAUCGCCACAUGUCCCGAUAUGGUGGUGGAGGGUGGCCUGAAGGAGAUACUGGAAUCGGAAAAGGUGAUCAAGGUGAUACACGACUGCCGGAACGAUUCGGUCAAUCUGUUCAAUCAAUUCCAAAUCCUGCUACGGAACGUCUUCGAUACUCAGUCCGCGCAUGCUGUGCUGCAGUUCCAGGACCAGGGCAAGCAGGUGUACAAGGUGAAAAAUGUGUCCCUCAAUACGUUAUGCGAGAUGUAUAAUGCAACCGUUAAUCCGAUGAAAGACCAGCUGAAGAACGUUUAUCGGCGUGACCAGAAGUACUGGGCACGAAGGCCAUUGACAAGGGAUAUGCUACUGUACGCUGCCGGAGACGUGCUGAUACUGAUCAACGAACAGCUGUAUCUCAACAUGGCGACCUCCAUCAAGCCAGAAUACCGCGAACUGUUGUCGGAGCUGUGCACUGAGCAGAUUUUAAUGUUAAUCCGCCCAGUGGAUGUAAAAAUGCGCAAGAAACAGCGUAAGGUACGAUCGGAGAUACAGGACCUGAAAGUGAAGCUGAAAUCAGCUAGUAAAAACAUAGUCCUAAGCAACAGAGAAAUCCGACUGUUGAGGUACAUGGAUUUAACGGAAGAGGAAAAAGAAAAGCUACGGGUGUCGUACAAGGUGGCAAAGAAGUUGGACAAGCUGGAAAAUUACGAUCGCGACCGGUGCGAUCAGAGCGAUUCGGAUGACGAAUGUGACGUCACUGAGCAGGACUACCAAAGCAUGGACAGUGUACCGUCGGACAAUUCGCUCCCGGGCACGGGGACAGGUACUGCCGGUAGUGGCACAUUCUCACCGAAAAAUUCCGAACCUCCCAGUCUGACGGAAUCGAUGCAGUUGAUGGACGAAAUCCUUUCCAACACAACGAUGGAUCGGAUGGCAAAGAUUGACAAACUGGAAGCGAUCCUUUCCGCCGCCACACUGCUGCCAAACGAUCAGUCCUUUGCUGACACAAUGUCCAGCUUUAAUGCCAAUACGAUCGUAGUAACUAACGAUAAUAUUCUACAGCCUGCAAAGGAAAAAGACGCCAUUAAAGGCCGUGUGAGCAAACCAAGCUCAAAGAUAGCGGCUCGGUUGCAGCACUCGAUCACUCCACCACCGCCACUAGCAUCGUCCGGUUACGGGGCGUACCACCAACCGACGGUACCAGUGCCACCAAAGGAAAUGAAAGAAGCCGCCUGCCAGACGCUCAGCACGGGCGAUAUUGUGAUUACGAAGAUAUUCUUCAAGGAGGACCAAGACAAGAAAGCUCAAUCGGACAAGGCGGUUACGAACGCAACCACCACGCCUGUGGCAGGCGAAAUGCUCAAAAAGAAUGGCACCACUGCCGGUGGUGAGAUACUGAUGAAUGCAUCCAGCCCACAACCACAGGCGCAAAGUGCCUGA